UGGUCCCGUGCGUGGCGUCCGGCCGCGCUCGCUCCCUGCGGCCGAGGAGAAUCGUGCGGGAGCCGCCGCGGAGCGGGAAGAGCGGGAGUGAAAAGGUCAAUAUCGGACAGGGAGGCACAUAAAACCGAUUCUGCAUAGAAGUUGGUGAUAACCAACCCAGAAGCAGUUGCAUCACUUGCCUGCUGAUAGCCUCUUGCAACAAGAGUGCUCUGUCGUGUGUGCCAUCUUCCAUUAGCUCUGCACGAGUGAAAAGUGCUGAAGGAGUGUAAUAAAUUGAGCCUGUGCAGUCAUACUGGUCGAGAAAGACAGAAGACAGUUUGAACCAUGGCAAGCCAGGCGUUUUCCCCAGAGGCUGCUUUCCCUCAUGGGAGGCGGAGGGAGAAAUGGGACCCCAGGCUUCUUUCAAGGGCAAGGACUUGAUGGCAAAAAAAAGAGAAUGUCUCCAAGCCUACAGCUGGUGGAGAACACCGCAGAAAAAACGGAAGAAAAAGAACAAAAUAAAACCAGGAAGAAUAGAGUUUGUCCCAAGUAGCACUAACACAACCAGACCGGAUUAUUCAAUAUUUGUUGGGGAGCUGACUCCAGAAGUAGAUGAUUUUCAGCUCUAUGACUAUUUCCUAAAGAGGUACCCCUCAUGUAUUGACUGCAAAAUAGCAACAGACCUGCUGGGAUAUUCCAGAGGGUAUGCCUUUGUCAGAUUUGGUGAGCAAGGUGAUCAGAUGAGGGCACUGCAAGACUGCCAGAAUGCACCAGGUCUGGGGGGAAAACGAAUCCGACUCAGCAUAGGAAUUUCUAAAAGGCUGAAAGCAGAAUUCCAGCGGUACCAGUCAUACAACUAUAAUGAUUAUUACCAAGAUUACCAGAACUACUAUUCACAGUGGAACUAUGAUCCUUAUGCUGACUACAACUACAGCUCCUAUACUCCCUAUGAUAGCAUGCAAGCUGUUGGAGACUGCUCUUUAGGAGAUGCUGUUAUGGCUCCAGCUGUUUUUGAGGAAGCUUCAACUAUGACUGAAAUCAAUGAUGACCUAAUAACUGAAGAUCCACAGCUAUACUUGGAUGUUGAUGAAAUGAACAGACAAUUUAUGGAGACAAGUGAAGAACUUUAUGAUGCCCUCAUGAAUUGUCACUGGCAACCUCUGGAUACGGUCACUUCUGACAUCCCCUCUGCUAUUUAAGUGUCUUAUAUAGCAUGACCGUUAUGACCAAGGUGCUAAAAUUACAUUUCUUCUACAUUACUCUAGAUCAUAAGUUUCAAAGCACAAUGAUAGGUUGGGGUUUUUUUUGGUGUUUUUUCUUUUUUUUUUUUUUUUUUUUUGCUAUGCUUUUGGCAGUUUCUGUAAUCUUUUUUUGUUGUUGCUGUUUUUUGUUCAUCACUUGGAGCAUCUUGAAAUCAUGUAAAUAUUCUAGAAAUGUAAAGAGUUCAAUGGGGUCUAAAGAUAGACUUGACUGUGUAAAUAAAAUUUUGUUUCUGCAAACUGGCCAGCAAGGGAUUUUACUUACAUAUGUGUAACUGUCUCUUCUGGCUUGUGGAAUUUAGCUGGAGGCAGUAGGGGUAUUUCACUUCUCUUUGGUAUGGGCAUCAUCACUAGCAAGAACUAGCUCACACAUCCUUCCAAGAUACCUAGGCAAUCUUUCAAGCUGUUAAUCUUAACAUGCUGUAGAGUUUUAACACACAGAAAGGUAAACUUUGAGCUGCUGUAGCUGCAAGCAUUCCAAAGAAUAAGGAUGAUACCUACUGAUAUUUUUAUUUUUGCCCAUCUUGUUAGUCUUCUUGUCUGACCCUUUACAGCAAAAAAACUGGUGUAAUAUAAUACCUGUUCUUACACAUAAAAUCCUUGGAGAAAACCUUGUGGUUUAAAGGAGGUAGAAAAACCCAUCAGGAAUUAAAGUAUCCCAGUAUCCUCUUCAACUAAGUUGUACCCUAAUCUAAACAUCUGUUAUUUAUUUAGUCUUCAUGCUCAGAUGUUUCAUAGUGAAGAGGUUUAUAAUAUUUUAAUAGGAUGACAGUUCUCACUCCCAAGUCAAAAGAGGUUAGGGGAGGUGGCAGUGAAGAAAGUUCUGCUUUAAGUUAGCAGCUUCUGAGUGGCUUCCUCUAAACUGUUCUUAUCUGAAAGGAUAUAAAGUAUUUUCCAGUCAUAGGAACUGCUUAAGCUCCUGUUACUACUUAAUGUACACAAGAAAAUAAAUUCAGGCUGGAAACAAAAGCAUACUUUUUGAAGAGAAAAAGUUAGAAAUUACCUUAUAGCUAAUACAUGUGAAAGGGUUCUAAAGCUACUCAAGGCAUUUUGGUACUGCUACAUGUGCAUUUUGGGGGCAGCUUAAACUGUAAUUGCUAGGAUGGCAUUUUUUUUUUUCCUUUAAUGACUUAAUUACAUUAAAGUGGUGUUCAUAACCUAUAUGCUAUUCUUAAAUGUGAAACUAGUACUGCAUUGCAGAGUGAUGACUUGGCAUAGCAGGUCCCUUCUACCUGCUCACCAGAAUCUCCCUCUUUUAGCAGUUUAUUUUCUGCUGGGAUUUCUUGAAGUCCAACUCGUGAAAUAGAAAUACUCUAAACUAGAAAGGUCUUUUGGUGUGAUACAGGAACUUCAUUCUUCUUGGAUUUUGAUCAUUAUGUAUGCAGAAGGACAUAAAACAAACCCCCUCUCAUUUAGGCAGGGAGAUUACAAUUGCACUCUUGGAAGCUGUUCCCCUGCUUUGGAGAGAACUAGUUGCAAAGUGGCUGAAAACUGGGAUUUUGUAGGUGAAUGUUUAUGUGAUGUGAGCUGGUCAGUCUUUGGAGGGUCACAGUAAGGAGAUUAUUAAUGGAAAUGUGACAGAAAGUGGAAUAAAUGAAGCAAAAAAAAAAAAAUCUGGAUGGGAAAGGGAUUUACUUGUGUACCCGCAUAGAAUUGUUUCACAGGAUUGGAGAAGGGAGGAAGCUCAAGAUAGUAGAUGUAGGCCCCUUGAAUUUGGAUGUGGGGGUGUUAAACUUUCAAAACCAUCCUGGAUUUGAUGUCAUUUCAGUUGUAGUGCACAGAUGUGGUGCUUGAGCUUGGUAGUACAAACCAGUUGCAGGAUUUUGUAUCUAGCAAGCACCAUCGUCACAAGCUGGAAGAUUAUAACCCAGGCAGGGACCUGGAAGCUUCCUGCUUUGAAGUGCGUAUCCUGCUUUGUGUAGGGUUACCUCAACACCAUACUUAAGCUGCAGCAAGUAAUUUGUGGAAACCUUAUAUUGUGUUACCAGAUGCCAAGGGUGCAUGUUGGCUUGGUAGAAAUCCUGUGGAGUAUGAGAGAGAAAGAGAGAGAUGCUGUAGAGUAUCCAUUGAUGUUUUAGCUUUUGGGAGGUUGAUCCAUUUGUGGAUUAUGUAAUGAGGAGCCCAUGUAGUUGUAUGAUUUCACUUAGGUCAGCACUGUAUCACCACAGCUCAUAAACCUCAGUCUGUAGUCACCAUAUUCAUGCAGAUUUUAUGUGUUGGCAAGGUCUCAACACAGCAUUAAAAGACUUUUCAGAUGAGCACCUUCUGUUCUGGCCUGUAGUGAAAAUACUGUUUGAAAUGCAGUGAAAGAGGUUGUUUGGGCCAUUAGUUCUGCAACCCUGAGAGAUAUUGGGGAAGAAAAGUGAGGUGAGAAAGGGACUCUGCUGGUUGCAGACCAUGUGAUACUGUUGUAAAUACCUCUCUGACAUUUUCUGUCUCCUGAGCCUUUCUAGUCUAUACUGCUUACCAGUUAGGAGUGCAUAUAUGGGAUCAAGAUACUGUGUACAGCACACAUUCUGUACUGUAAAGGCAUGCUAAAAAAACUUUUCUGUAUUGGUGUAAGCACAAAUUUUGGGAAAAAGUGUCAGAUCUGCUGGCAUUCAUUGCUGAGACUUAAGUGAGGAAACUUCCAGCACUGUCCAACUACUGCCUGCAUUAGUGAGCUUACACAAAAACCUGAACAUGUCCAUCAUACAGAUGCCUACUUUCAGUUCUACAAAGACCUGAUUGCAGUAGAAACAUUAAAAAAAAAAAAGUAUUGGGAGCAAUGCAUUCAACACCACACUAUUUCACUUUGGUUGUGUUUUAUCUCUUUUACCCAGCUGAAAUAUUGUGGGGUUUUUUAAGUCUGAUGAAGGUUUUUUUUAAGAAUACAUACUAUUGGUUUUAUAAACUAUUCAUGGUACCUAGUUAUGAUAGAUAGUGCCUUUACCUAAAACCCACUUACUUCUUGACGAAAAGUAAUGUUUUUGUUUUCCGCUUCUCUGAACAGAAAAGCUUUAGUACCAUGGUUUGAGGGGCUAAUGAUCCUGCAGUCAGUGAACAGGGAGAAAGAAACAGGCUAGAAACUGGUGAAGACUGAAAAGUGUAAGGUUAAAUGGUACUUAAGCCGUGAAUGUUUCUUUUUGCAGGGAUGCUCUUGGACCAACAGCUUCUUUCUAGCGCUACCUCAAAGUAACUUGCAGAUAUAACUCACAGGGAAGAUUGAUCAAAUGGUGAUGAUCACUAUCAUUCUGCUGGAGAUAUAUAUAUAUUUGCCUUUUGUUUUGUCUCAUUUUUAAUGACAUUUAUUUAACUUCAGUGACUCAUGUUAAUAGACAUCCUUUGACUACAUCAACAAAUAUUUCUGAGUCAUGAGUUUCUUUAAAGGUAUGUCACCAUAUGGAAAUUGUUCUAAAUAAGUAAAUAAAGCAGCACUUGAAUUUACA